AUGACGCCCGAAUCGCAGACGUCAUCCAACAAGCAACACACCCUCCGAGUUCCAGACCAUCCGUCUGGGUCUUCGAGCCCGCUGCGCGACAUCGAGGCGGGAGAGCCUCAUCAGGGGGUGCUUCUAGACGACAUGGAGGCAAAUCCGAGAUAUGCCAGGUCGGCCCGACCUCGUCGAGCAGGAGCACCACCGCCGUGGUGGGCUUCGAUGUUCGAACACUACCUCGCUGCCUCGUUCAUGAUGGUCACGUCUUCCAUGGUCAGCACCUUCUGGAUCGACAAUGCGCUCCCCUUCUGCUCGAAAUUCUGGAGUGUCCUUGGCAAUGCGGAUGAGUGUUAUUGGAGACCGAAUGUGUUCAUGAUACUUGCCGCUUGCACUGGGUACUCUGUGUGCGCUUUUUGGUGGUACAACCAGCAUAAGCGCUGGCCUUACCAGCUUCAGACGAUCGCGCUCUCUCUUGUCGGCGGGAUCGUGUUAUCACUUGUCCUCAAAGCCGACCUGGAACACAUCUUGAGGAACACCUUGACGUGGAGCAUAUUCACAGGGCUGAUGGUUAGCGCUAUAAUGGACCGCCGGAAGGCUCCCCGGGGAGGAGCCAUCCUCUAA